UGUCCAAACGACAUCGUAUCGUAUCCCCUUUCAUCCUCCCAUCCAUCUUCUUCGCGUGCCAUUAUUUGCAGUCGCAGAUCAAUAGAUUCACAACCCUGUUUCGUUCCGCCUCUGCAAAAUGGAAUCCCACCGAGCUUACAUUCCAGCCUCUCUUCUAAUCCUUUCUCUUAUCUCUUUCCAAUUCAAGGCGAUUUAUGGGGAUUCUACGGUUGCUUUCGUUGACAGCCCCACGCGACAGUAUUUUCGCCAGUCGUCGGCCAAGAUUGAUUCAUUUUCUCCCAAUGAAAUAGGAGCUAUUGCAUCAGUAUUGCUGGGCUUUGCACCCUCUUCUGAACUUUCUGAUGCUAGCUCAUCCAAGCUAAACAACCUGCUGAUGCCUAAUCCAUUUGAUAAACCUCGUGCAUUGUUGAUGCUUGAAGUUACAGGAGUUGAAGAUUCUCAACAUCUUUCGGAUUUGGCUCAAUCACGAUUUACUAGUGCUAUGAGAAUCAAGGUUCAAGGAAAUCAAAGAGUGGAGAUUCAGCUGCCAGAUGAAGUGUCUCUGUUCUCAUUGAAUGGAGCAUCAAGCCUUGCUGACUGUUCAGAGAAAGAAAUAAGUGAUUUUGCAUUUUGGUUGGGUGGAUCCUAUGUAGAAGAUGUGUCCAAACCAUUGAAUGGAGAGUUGGUCAUUCCAACGGAUGAUGGUGCCUUCUUGAGACUUCAUUUGUCAGAGGCAGCUGACAAGGAGUUUGCUACCAGUCUUGUGUCUCUGAUAACUAAUAUAAUAAGGGCCAAGGAGAUGCAUGCAGUCUUGGCAAAAGGUGAGAACCGUCCAGCUGAGAUAAUUGUUGGGAGAUUCGAUGGAGUCCAGGCCUUAAAAGUUCGUUAUGGAAAAGAUGGUAUUGCUCAAAGUGGCUUGGAAGUAUUGCUUAAGUCCAUCUCAAAGGCAUUUGAUUCCUUGCUGGAAGCAUACCAAGGAGAAAUUGUUGGAGUUAUUGCCCAAGGUGGACCAUCUGAAUUAGAGCUGGAGAAUAGGUUCCGCGUCACUAUAUCACCCCGAUCAUCGCCACGUUGGUUGCAGGAAACAACAGCCCCGAUGGCUAAUAUAACUGAAAUUGCAGAAAUUGUUUUCGUGAGGAGGACAUUAGCCUGGAUAACAGGAAUCAUUCUCGUAAUUGCGACUCUAUUGGGGAUCCACUUUCUGAUGAACAUGCCACUCACCAAGGACACACUUCUAUAUUCCAAUGUCAAGCUCGACUGAUCUCUUCGACCGAGACUCGUUCCGCCAUUGAACUAUAUUCCACAGGGAUGAAAUGUUUUUUAUUUCUGGAUUGGUUUGUGUUUUCUUUGUGGAAAUGCUUCUAUCAUAUCAGAUCAUCAUCAUCGUUCAGGUUUUUGGUUGGUUAAAUUUUUUAUCGAUUGAGUAGCUGCUGCAGUGAAAUCUCGGAUGGGCGGUGUAGAGGUGGUACUGCAUAUAAUAUUCAUAUUGAUAUAUGUAUUACCGUGUAAUAAAUUAUCGAUGGAUCGAUCUUAGAAUCGAUGUGAUGAUGAUAUUUCCUGUAUUAGUAGAGGGAGUUUGGUUUGUUAUACGAAGCUAGUCCUACUCAUA